UGCGCCCGCCCUUUUCUGGGAACACAGAACGCCUGAGUCAGGCAGCGGUGGCUAUUAAAGCGCCUGGUCGGUUGGGCUACGGCACCGCAAGGAUGAGGCUCCCUGGCUGGCUGUGGCUGAGCUCUGCGGUCCUCGCUGCCUGCAGAGCGGUGGAGGAGCACAACCUGACCAGAGAGCUGGAGGAUGCGAGCGCCCAGGCUGCCUGCCCCGCGAGGCUAGAGGGCAGCGGGAGGUGCGAGGGGAGCCAGUGCCCCUUCCAGCUCACCCUGCCCACGCUCACCCUCCAGCUCCCGGGGCAGUUCGGCAGCAUGGAGGAGGUGCUCAAAGAAGUGCGGACCCUCAAGGAAGCAGUGGACAGUCUGAAGAAAUCCUGCCAGGACUGCAAGUUGCAGGCUGACGACCAUCGAGAUCCCGGCGGGAAUGGAGGGAAUGGAGCAGAGACGGACUAUCGAGUCCAGGAACUGGAGAGUCAGGUGAACAAGCUGUCCUCGGAGCUGAAGAAUGCGAAGGAGGAGAUCCAGGGGCUGCAGGGGCGCCUGGAGACGCUCCAUCUGGUAAAUAUGAACAACAUCGAGAACUACGUCGACAACAAAGUGGCAAAUCUAACCUUUGUGGUCAACAGUUUGGAUGGCAAGUGUUCCAAGUGCCCCAGCCAAGAACACAUCCAGUCACAGCCGGUUCAACAUCUAAUAUACAAAGAUUGUUCUGACUACUACAUGAUAGGAAGGAGAAGCAGUGGGACCUACAGAGUUACACCUGAUCACAGAAAUAGCAGCUUUGAGGUCUACUGCGACAUGGAGACCACGGGUGGAGGCUGGACAGUGCUGCAGGCUCGCCUUGAUGGCAGCACCAACUUCACCAGAGCAUGGAGAGACUACAAAGCCGGCUUUGGAAACCUUGAACGAGAAUUUUGGCUGGGCAACGAUAAAAUUCAUCUUCUGACUAAGAGUAAGGAAAUGAUCUUGAGAAUAGAUCUCGAAGAUUUUAAUGGUCUCACACUUUAUGCUUUGUACGAUCAGUUUUAUGUGGCUAAUGAAUUUCUCAAAUACCGAUUACACAUUGGUAACUAUAAUGGCACGGCAGGGGAUGCCUUACGUUUCAGUAGGCAUUACAACCAUGACCUGAAGUUUUUCACUACCCCAGACAGAGACAAUGAUCGGUACCCCUCUGGGAACUGUGGGCUCUAUUACAGCUCAGGCUGGUGGUUUGAUGCAUGUCUCUCUGCAAACUUAAAUGGCAAAUAUUAUCACCAGAAAUACAAAGGUGUCCGUAAUGGGAUUUUCUGGGGCACCUGGCCUGGUGUAAGCCAGGCACAGCCAGGUGGCUACAAGUUCUCCUUCAAACAGGCCAAAAUGAUGAUUAGACCCAAGAAUUUCAAGCCAUAAAUUGUUAGUGUUCCUCUCUCUGGGCACUCAUUAUCUAAGAGGACAAUGAAUUCCUUCAGCCCUUUACCAUAUGCCUCAGUUUAUAUUCUUUUCCUAUGGCUAAAUAUUUCCUUUACAGCUUUAUAGCUCUUAAAAUGAAGCUGAAGAUAUCUAAAAAGACUCCUUUGUUGCUGUUAUAUGAGGAGUGCUUGAAAGCACUGGAAAUAUUGACAAUUAUACAUUAUAAUUGCAAAACCUUUCACUUUUAAUAGUUGAAAGGUUUCCCACUAUUUUUAUUAUUUUUAUAAUAUAAAAACUAAAUUUUUCAGCAAGCUAAAUUCUAUAUACACAAGUUUUAUUUUCACUAGGGCUAAAUAUACACAUUUGAAAAUAUACCAGUCUUUUCAGGGUACAGUCACUCAUGUAGCCAAGAACUGUAGUAUUAUCUUUGGUCUAAGAAGAACUUAAAGAAUUUUAGUUCUCAAAAAGAAGGAUGGGGAUGCGAUUGGGGGACAGGGAUAAUAUGUAUAGCUAAAUUUAUUCAUCUAAUGCAAACUGUGGCAUUAAAAUACCUUAAAAUGUGGUAGCAUACUAUAUGUCUCUUCCCUCUCCUAUUGGAAAAUAUUGGAGCCAUUGACUUUGUUCCAUGGUAUUUCACUGGCUGUUUGUAGCCUGUUAGACCCUGACACAGUAGCUGCUUUAUCCCUCCCUCUGCUCUCUAUGCACAAUAGUUUGUGAUGUAAGGUGCUAGACUACUGUAAGGCUUCCUUGGGGAAAGGCAUGGUAAGGAAAAAAAGACCAUUUAUUUAUACUUUGAAAGCCCAUCCUAUACCCAAAGCAAUACUAUUGUUGAGGAAUCAACUUCCUGGGAAGCUGACUUUUCUAGAACAAAUUUAUUUAUUAUGAUGAAUUUUGUAAUAAUAGUUCAAAUAUUAUACAUUUUAAUCCUAAGUAGUCAAUUGCUUAUUUCAUUCUCAGAAAUUCAAAGGAUAUAUACAAUUUUAGCUAAAUGUAAGUCCCUGGAAUUCCUUAAUUGUGGAUGCCAAGGGUCACAUUAAAAAGCUUUGGAGGCAGUUUCACUUUAUCUUUGUGAAAAGGGACCACUUCAGAGAGAAACAACCAGCUGCACAUUGAAAAGUGCUCUUGAGUAGAACUUGAAGUAUUGCAUGCAGUCAGUCAUAUGGAGUAACUGACUGUACAGUAUGCACUGUUUAAGCAAGAACUUUGAUUUUUAAGUUUUGGUGUAGUUUCUAAUAUACUGACCAAGCUUUUGAAAUAUAUGCACAAAGAUUAUUUUUAAAAUAUAAUUAGGGAGUACAGUUAUUGAGUUGACUACUUAAAUAUUCAAAUAUGUAGCCACUGUAAAAAAAAACUUUAAAAAGAGCAAGAUAUUAUUUUAAAAACAUGCAACAUGAAGUUUUCAGGUGAAUACAAUGACAACUAAGCUAUUAAUAAUAUAAUUAAAUUGCCAGAGUAAGGUAAAUGCAUACUGAAUUAAAUGACCAAAAUGUGAAACAUAGAUUUCAAAGACUUUACCUACUUGGUAAAAUAUUGAAUGUAAGUGGCAAUAACUAAUUUUAUUUCUUUUUGCUUUUUAAAAAAGGCUAAGAAGAGUUUGAUAUUAUACAAUUCAUGUGUUUCAAAUCCUGUUUAUUAUAUGUAGCCAUAUAAGUCUAAUGACAUUUCCAUAAUGAAAAUGGAUUUAUUAUAGCAAAAAUACUAUUUAUUCAUCCUUAGUGUGUCCUUUUCAGAAUAACAGUGAAUCCAUAUAAAUGUCUUUGCACUUUCAAUGGAUCUGAAUGUUGUUUUCUAUUAUAGUCUUAGGAUAUUUUUCUAAUGAUUUCUUUAACACAGAAAUUUAUUUUUGGAAUCAUUUUCUGCCACUAACUUUGAUAAUCUUCAACCUGUUUAUUGAAAUAGUCCUUAGCCUUAGCAGUUUACUAAUAUAUGCAAAUGCUCGUAAAUGUACUCUAUUUGCAAAUAUGCAUUUUUAGAGUCUUUGUUUCAUUUGGGUGACUAGCACUGAUCUUAUUUAUCACUUUAUUGCUAAACAUUAUUAUCCUUUAAAAAUGCUGAGUGGAACUAAUUUCUUAGGAACCCAGUUGAUUUACCUAUCACUAAAUGAGAAAGCCAUCUUUCUGAGAAGUAGGAACGCAGCAAGUGUGUUCAGCUCUCUGGCGGGCAGGACUUGUGUGCAAAGCCCAAGAAGCAUUGGAAUCACGGUAUUGGCUGGUCCCGGAUUUUCAGUAGCUGUCCCUCACCCCUCAAAAAGUUUUCAAGAUAGAAUGGAUAUAUGUAAUUUCCAUAAACCCUUGUUUAAGAUUUAUUUUCCUUGAUGUAUAAUUAAGGUUAUGUUUCAUGUCUCUUUAAAGCCUUGUAAAAUAAAAGAUUUAAUCUUCAUAUCUA